UAGGACUUUCAGCGUCCAUUCUUUCAUUCCUGCUCAUCAAGCAAGUCCCCAAAUUGCCUUCAAAACAUAAAAAAUGCUAAAAGGAAACAUAAUAUCAAUCUGUUUCAUGAUAUUUAAAUAACUUUAAAAAAAAAAAUUUGCACUAAAUAAUAUUCCUGGAAUAAACUCACAAAAUUACUGGGAUAAAUUUUAAUGCAUCUUUUAAAAUGACAUUUUUAAAUUCCACAAUAAAUUAUUAUUGUUUUUGCAGAGGUUUGCGGCACGGCCGACCUCAGCAGACACUGUUCCAGCUUUGCCUGGCACUUCUCAUGUCCUGGGUCGUGUUCCUGGCCGGAGUGACCCAGACAUCGUCCAACAGUGGCUGCAUUGCUGUGGCAGUACUGCUCCACUACCUGAUCCUGUCCUCCUUCAUGUGGAUGUUGAUGGAGGGAAUCUUGCAGUAUCUGCUCUUUGUCAAGGUCAUGAACACACACUUCUCCCACUACAUGUUGAAGACAUCCAUACCAGCAUGGGGUACGUUAUAACUCAAAAUCCCCAUGGUUUAGACAUGUGUACCAUCAUAGACUGGAACAAAUAUACCAGCAUGGGAUACGUUUGAAAUCCGUGCCACAAUGUAGUAUGAUGGACAUCCAAACAAGCAUGUGUCAGACAUUUAUAAGGUUUGGUGUACGAUGAGAUAUGUAACUGGAUGUGCUACACAUCCAUAGCACCAUGGGUUAAACAUCCAUACCAGCAUAUGGUAAACAUCAAUACGAAAUGAUUUUAGACCUGGGUUUAGACAUACAUACAAGCAUGGUUUAGAAAACAAGACCAACAUGUACUGUCUUAAAAAUACAUAAUAAAGUGCUGAGUGCCGUCCAUGUCUCGACAUGUAAAUAGUUCUGGAAUGGGUGGAAUGAAUAUACAUUUGUUUUGUUUUAUUUAAUUAAUGUAUGCUCAUUUUAACUUCAUAACUAUGUUUGCUAAAUUGUACGUACGGCGUGGUGAGUCCAGCCCUUGGCCGGGGGUGCCUCACUAUAUAAAACCACAUUUAAUAAUAUUAAUUUCAGUUUUGGAAAUGAUGCUAUAAAAAUUUAACGAAUGAAGUCAUCUUCCCCCCCCCUUUUUUUUCCCCAGGUCUACCUGUCAUUCCAGUUGCAAUUACCUUGAUUAUUGAUCCUGAACUUUAUCAAGGUGGAAACCAAUAGUAAGUUCAACAUUUUCUUACCAUUAAAGAUACCUACAGUUUUCUACGAUUUGUGUUUGUCUUUUAAAACAUGGAAAUAUUUAUAUAAGGUAAUUAUUGUGUUUGCUUUUUGCGACAGGAAACAUUUUGGUAAAGUUUUUUUUUAAUACCUUUAUUAAUCAAAUUAUUUAUUAUUUAAAUUAUUUUAAAUUAUUUUUACAUCAGAUCUGGGAUAACAUGGAAAAUUUUUACAAUAAAAAACAAAAUACAAUCUAUACAAUCAACCUACUCUGCAUGCGCAGAUUUAAACGCAUAGUGCCCUACUAAAAGUGGGUAAAAUGUACAAAACAUUCGAACGUAUAAAGCAGUAAAAUCUAUUUAAAACGACUAAAUCGAAGAAACCGGUUGUAUCUCCUUUGAUGACUGAGAUAUUUUUUAAUGAUUACCGUUACACAUUGUUGUCUCACAUAUUUAACCUUAAGGAACUUUUAUAAUAUUCAUCAAAACUACCUAAAAGUUAUUUCAUUGUUAUGUUUCUGUUUAUCUCGUUAUUGGUCGAAUCUUUUUUUUCAGUUCUCACGUUAAAAUAUUCUUCAAAUUUCUUUUUGAACGCACUAUACUAUUUAUAGUAAAACAAAAUAAUGCGUUCAACAAGAAAUUUGAAGCAAAAUUUUGACGUAAAAACGGAGAAAAAAAAAGAUUCAACCAAAUUUCCGUUCGAUCAAAUUACCGUCGAUCCUUUUACCGUCGACGAAAUUUCUUUCGAUCAAAUUUCCGGAUACGCGUCCCUAGUAGUAACACUUUCUCUCAUUCUAAUUUGUAUGAGUCUGUUUAUCUCAUCCCGAUUUCACUCAUUCUAAUCCCCAGCUGUUGGAUGUCGCUGCCUGCCUUCUACUACAGCUUUGUUAUCCCCGUUGGCCUGAUCGUCUUGACCAACAUCGUCAUUUACGUCAUGGUUGUGGUCAGCUUGUGCCGUCGGGAGGACAUGACCCAACACAGUUCAAAGAAGCAGAAUCAGAAUGUCGUUAACAUUAGGGCUUCGUUCAUCUGUUUCUUUGUACUGGGUAAGUGGAGUUGAAACAGUGGUAUGAAUCUGGUCGUUGAAUAGUGGACAGUAAAUGUGGAUAGACCUAGCUGUCAAUGAAGAAUGACUUCAGCCGUAAAUGUGAAUGGACCUAGCUGUUCAUGAAGAUAAACUUCGGCAGUAAAAGUGGUUAGACCUAGCUGUCAAUAAUGAACAACUUCAGCAGUAAAUGUGGAUAGAUCUAACAGUCAAUGAGGAUCAACUUCAGCAGUAAUUGUGGAUUGACAUAGCUGUCAAUGAGGAAUAACUUCAGAAGUAAAUGUGAAUGGACCUAGCUGUUAAUGAGGAACAACUCCAGCAGUAAAUGUGAAUGGACAUAGCUGUCAAUAAGGAAUAACUUCAGCCUAAAUGUGAAUGGACCUAGCUGUCAAUUAGGAACAACUUAAGAAGUAAAUGUUAAUGGAGCUAGCUGUCAAUUAUGAACAAGCUCAGUAGUUUAAGAGUGAAUGGACCUAGCUGUCAAUAAAGAACAACUUCAGGAGUAAAUGUGAAUGGACCUAACUGUCAUUGAGAAAUAACUUCAGCAGUAAAUGUGGAUGGACCUAGCUGUCAAUGAGGAAGAAUUUAUUAAGCGGAAAGUAUGAAAUUUUUGUAGCAAUAAGUGUUGCAUAAAGGCACAUAUCCCUUGAUUGACUUCCCGAUAUUUUGGCCAGUUUUGACGCCCUCCGUCAGUCAUCACAACUUUAUCUCACAAUUUAGACGACCUCAUAAUGCAUCGUCACAAAUUUCUGACCACCUCCAUUUACCAGGGGUGGGGCGUCAGUUAAAGAUUUUCCCAGCUCUAGCAUUAAAAGAAGAAUAAGUAUAGCAUAAAAAUUUGGAAAAACAAUUAUCAGUUGUUUUGAAUGACAGUAAAAUUGGAAUAACUAGCAGCGAAUUUGGAAUAACGAAAGUUUAACAUUAUUGCUUUAAUGUCCACACAACAAAUUCCCUAAAAUAUAAUCAUCUGCCUAAUUAUAAUCAUAAGUUGGCCGAUUAUAUUAAAGAAAUUAUUUGGAGACACUUUCGAUAGCUCAAUUUUUUAUUUUUUUUGACGUCUCCCGUAGAGAAGAUGAAAAAGAAAUAUUUAUUAAAAUUAGUUAUUUUUUCAAUAUAUAACCCGAUUUCAAUGUUGAUUCAUUUGAAUCCUUACCUUUCACCGUUGUCUGUUCUUGUUAGGAGAUACUCUGCUUUCCCAGUCGAGAAAAUUUAUAAUUGUACAAAUAUUUUAAAAUUUAAUCGUAUUCUAUUAUGACUCGAGACCUUAAAUUCAACAAUAAUGUAUUGGCGUUUUGAAUUUCUAUCGAUUAAUCUUAAACACAAGAAGUAUUACGUCUCACAAUUUCUUUUUCUUACCGUUUCAGGUCUGUCCUGGAUCUUUGGCUUCCUGGCCAUAGACGACGCCCGCAUUGUUUUCCAGUACAUGUUUUGUAUUUCUGCGUCGCUGCAGGGAUUCGUCAUCUUUGCCAUGAUGACUGCACGGGAUAAAAAUGUCCACGAUUUUUGG